AUGGCAACCAAUGAGCACCGCAGAGAUCUGAACAAGGUUUUCGAAGCAGCUGUGACGAACGUAGAUAUUCAACCAACUGAUGACACAUCGACCAAAGGAAUUGAUUUGACUGGGCUCACUCCACCGGGUUUUACUACGGAAAUGAAGAGUGAUGCAUCUAAACCAAAAAAAUCAAAAGGAAUGGUAAAACAAUCCAAUCUCCAACAUUUUAUGUUCAAGAAAAGAAAUAGUGAGAAUCCUUCUAGUGCUAAUGUCGCUCCUACAAAUGAUUUACCUCAAGAAAAGGCUAUGGAUUUGGGUGGUUUAAAUGCUAAUAGUGUGCCAUUGGAGGAGAAAGAAUUGAUUUAUGAUGUUGAGCUUCUUCCUCAUGAUCCGGGAAAAAGAAUUAGCAUAAUGGAUUAUCCUCCAAAUAUGCGUGAUUCAAUUAGAAGAGCCUAUAUUCUUAAAAAGCCUUGCCGACCAAAAAGUCAUGAUUUUCCUCAAAAAGACUUUGGAGCUUCAUCACGCCGAUUUAUUCAUUCUUGGUUUAAAAAAUGGGAUUGGCUUGAAUAUAGUAUUGAGAAAGAUGCCGCAUUUUGUUUUGUUUGCUACUUGUUCAAGAAUGAAGUGGAAAAUAAUGUGGGGGGAGAUGCAUUUGUCAAUGGAGGGUUUAAGUCUUGGAAUAAACCGGAUAGGUUCGCGAAACAUGUUGGUGGAGUUAAAAGUAUUCACAAUCUUGCUUAUGAGAAAUAUGUGAAUUUAAGAGAUGGCAAAAAGAAAUCAAUUCUUGUUUCUUUUGAUAAUGCCAAUGACUUGACUCAAAGAGAGUAUGAAAUUCACUUGAAAGCUUUAAUUUCUUGUGUGCGUUAUCUAUUGCGACAAGGCUUGACAUUUCGAGGACAUAGAGAAAGUGAAGAAUCCCUUAAUAGAGGAAAUUUUAUUGAACUUUUGAAAUGGUUGAAGGCACAUAAUGAAUCUAUUUCAAAGGUCACUUUAGAAAAUGCUCCAGGGAAUUGCCAAUUGAUAGCUCCAAUGACUCAAAAAGAUAUUAUCAAUUGUUGUGCUAAAGAAACAACUAUGAGAAUAUUGGAGGAGCUUGGUGAUGAUUACUUUGCUAUAUUGGCCGAUGAGUCGAGUGAUGUGUCCCAAAAGGAACAACUAGCUCUUUGUUUGCGAUAUAUUGAAGGAAAAAUAGGAAAGAUAGUGGAGCCAUUUAUUGGACUUGUUCAUGUUGGUGAUACCACAGCUUUGUCUCUUAGAAGUGCAAUUAUGUCUUUACUUGUUGAACAUUCAUUGAGUCCAUCUAAGAUUCGAGGGCAAGGGUAUGAUGGGGCUGAAGGAAUAUUAAAUUGA